UCAGAGAUUAAAACUUGAAUUUCGUGAUUUUAAAAGGGAGAGAGAGAGAGAAAAAAAAAGAGAUGAGGAAAAAGUGAAUAAAAAUUUUUUUUUAUUAAAACAGAGAAAAAUUGUCUACCAUUUUUUUUUUUUUUGGAGAAAUAGAAUUUAUGAACAAUUUCGAAUUAUGUUCCCUGAUGAUUAAAUCCUGGCGCAUUCACCCAAAAGGAAGAAGUGGGAGGAGGUGAUCGGUAUUUAUUAGCAUUAAAGUCAGGUGUAUGCCUUGUAAUGUUAUGACACACGAUAUCAGUAUACCGGCAGAUUUUGUCGUGAGUGGUGGUUCAACAAAUGUUAUAUAUAUCCUGUCAAAAUUUUCAUCGCAAGUUUACAAUAUCUUUUUUUUUCCAUUUUUCUGAAAAAAGAAGAAAAUAAUCAUUUAUAAUUACACACGCACCUUAUGAAUGACAUCGUUUAUCGUCAAUUGAUUUUGUGAGAAACAACUAUAUUAAUAUUAUUCUUCAUCUUGACUAUAACACAAUUUAUUGUACAAAUCGCAUCCCUCGGAGAAACUUUUUUUGUGUCAUUGAAACUAGACGAGAAUCACAUAUUAAUGAGGUCAAGUAACCUCGAUAUCCCGGACAAAUUCACCCAGCACAAGGUAAUAAUUAUAGAACUUUAAGAAUUAAAAAUAGAAGAUAAUGAGUUCAAGACUUUGGAAAGCUUUAUCGAGACGGAGACCGAUUCAAGUGACGACAGAAAAAAAAGAGGAAUUAGCUCGAGUUUUGGGACUCUUUGAUCUUACCGCAUUAGGUGUUGGAUCAACAUUAGGUCUUGGGGUUUAUGUUCUUGCUGGAAGUGUCGCAAAAGAAAAUGCCGGUCCAGCUGUUUGUUUAUCAUUUCUCAUCGCUGCAAUUGCAUCUGCAUUAUCUGCAAUGUGCUAUUCGGAAUUCGCGUGCAGAGUACCAAAAGCUGGUUCAGCUUAUGUUUAUAGUUACGUGACAGUCGGAGAAUUCAUAGCCUUUGUCAUUGGCUGGAAUUUAAUUUUAGAAUAUGUGAUAGGCACUGCCAGUAUAGCAAGAGGACUCAGCAGCUAUUUAGAUAUUUUAACUGGAAAUAAAAUGGCACUUAAUCUUCGAAAUUGGAUGCCAAUAAAUAUUUCAUUUCUCUCUGAUUAUCCGGAUUUUUUUGCUUUUGCCAUGGUUCUUUUGCUGACUAUUCUCCUCAGUAUUGGCGUUCGUGAAUCUUCUAUUUUAAAUAAUAUUUUCACAUCCAUCAAUGUAAUUACUAUUCUGAUAAUUGUCGUCGCUGGAUCAAUGAAAGCCGAUAUUAAGAAUUGGUUUAUUGAGAAGGAAAAUAUACCGCCGGAUGUUAAAAAUUCGGGAAACGGUGGUUUCAUUCCAUUUGGAGUUAGUGGAAUUAUGGUGGGAGCGGCAAAAUGUUUUUUUGGAUUUGUCGGUUUCGAUGGUAUUGCAACAACUGGAGAAGAAGCAAAAAAUCCAAAACGAAAUAUACCAUUGGCUAUUAUUUUUUCACUUUGCAUAAUAUUUGCUGCUUACUUUAGUAUUGCGGCUGUUCUCACAAUGAUGUGGCCAUAUUAUGAUCAGGACGAAAAUGCUCCAUUUCCUUAUGUAUUUGAAAAAGUUGGUUGGACGACAAUUAAAUGGGUUGUGAAUAUUGGAGCUGUUUUUGCAUUAUUCACAAGUCUUCUUGGAGCAAUGUUUCCUCUUCCACGUGUUCUAUAUGCAAUGGGAAGUGAUGGUGUUAUUUUUAAAUUUCUCGCUAAAAUUCAUCCAAAAACAAUGACCCCAAUUUUUGGUACCAUUAUUUCUGGUCUUCUAACUGGUCUAAUGACUUUGGUUUUUAAUCUUCAACAAUUAGUUGACAUGAUGUCAAUUGGAACUCUCCUCGCUUACACAAUAGUUGCAAUAUCAGUUUUAAUUUUAAGGUAUCAAAAGGAUGACUACAAUUUAAAAAUUGAGGAUUCACAUGUUCCAACGUUAAUGCAUUCUUUUUCGAAAAUUUUUAACUUUCAAAAUGUAAAGGAACCAACGACAUUUUCCACUACUGUAGCAAAAUGGGGUGUUCUUUUAUUUUGUAUUAUGGUGUUCAUUGGUGGUAUUUUAUUUCAAUAUAAAGGCGAUGAAAUAAUUCAAGGAAAUUUGACUAUGUCUGUGAUAUUAGCUAUAGUUAUUUUAAUAAUAAUACUUACAAUUGCCGCAAUUAGUAGACAACCAGUUCAAAAAGAUGAUCUUCCAUUUAAGGUACCAUUGGUCCCUUUAAUUCCAUGUAUCAGUAUAUUUAUUAAUUUAUAUUUAAUGAUUCAAUUAGAUGUCAAUACUUGGAUAAGAUUUCUAGUUUGGCUCGUUAUUGGUUUGUGCAUUUACUUUUUCUACGGAGUGAAAAAUAGUGAACAAGGAAAAAUGGAGAAAUUGGAAAAUCGACGAUUGUCUGAAAAAUCGUGUAACGUGAUACGGGAAAUAACACAUUUUUAAGAAAAACAGCUCUGUAACAAUAAAAUUUGACUUGAAAAAAAUUAGUCAAAAAAAAAAAAAAAAAAAAAGUUACAGCGCAUAACGGAGAAUCUAGUCUUCCACCGUUGAAUAUCUUUGGACAAGUCGGUAAUGUAUUUAUUUAUAUGAGGAAAAAAAAAACCGAAACUAAAAAUGCUUCUUGUCGACAUAAUUUACAAUAAUUUUUUUUUUAUUAUUAAGAUACUUCAUCUGCGAUAGUAAAAAAAAGUGACAAACAAAAUUUUAAAAAACAAUUUUAUUAAUUUUUUACUUUAAUUUUAUUUUUAAACUUUAUAUAAAAAUAUUUGUAUCUAAAUUUAAUAAAUUAUAAAUGAAUAAUAGAAUAAAUAAAUAAGUAAAUUACAUUUUUCAUUUGUUGCCAAUUUUUAAAAAAAUGAUUUAAAAAAAAGGAAAAAUAACCACAGAUGAAUGAUCUUAAAUAAAAGAAAAAUAAUAAUUUCUAAGCAUAAAAAAAUUUUACAACAAUUUUUAUUUUUAUACAAUGUGAGAGAAAUACGAUUUUAUUUUUAUUUUUACUUAUUUUCAUAAAUUGAUAACUACGUCCGUCGAUAUCAACUCAAUGGAAAUGAAAUUAUUUUACGUUGAUCGUAUAUAAAAGUCGAUAUUUUAUACUAUUAUUAUUAUUAUUAGAUUAAGAAAUCGUCGAUUAGUAAUAUCCAUAAAACUCAUUUACAUAAAAAAAUAAAUGUUUACACAUAAUAUAUAAAUAUUAUAUUAUUAUAAUUAUUAUGAUAAAAAUAGAAAAAAUUAUUUAAAAAUCUUUAUUAUUAAAAGAACGCUACAAUAAAUAAUAAUUAAUUUCAUUA